GAUUUUCUCUUACAAAGAGUAUAUUUUCUGUUCUUUCUUUUUUAUAUCUUUUGCAGAACAUUCAAGACAUGAGAAAUUGCUAUGAUAGCUUGCUUUCUGCUGCUGCUGUGACAGCAAACUGUGCAUAUGGUAUAAAUAAUAUGCUUCAUGAUCAAAUUCAUUGUUUGGACAUUUUUUUCCCCUUUUAAUUUUGUGGCUUCUAUAUUCUAUACCCUUUUUUUUUUUUAUCUGUUGGUAGCAUUUAAUUUUUCAUUGCAUUGUCUGCGGGUAGGUUUUCCACUUUCCUUUUCCAGCCAAAAGUGAUGUCAAUGCUUUAUAUGGCCUAACAUUAAAAAAGUCUACCUUUUGAUUGUUUAUGCAUUUGUAGAAUUCUCAGAAUCAUUGCGAGAAAUGGGUUCUUGUCUUCUCGAAAAAACAGCUUUGCUAUCUGACCCAGAAACUUGUGGGUGAAUUUCCUUGCAAUGGGUUUUUGAUUUAUUGCAAUGAGAAACCUUGAACCCUACAACAGUCAUUUGUUACAGGUGGGUGGGUCAAAUCUCAAGCUUUUAGAAUUUGUUACAGGUGGGUGGGUAAAAAAUUUCCUUGCCCAUUAUAUGGUGAUGUCGGUUUGGGUUGAUAUCAAUGGAAUAUGGGUGAGCUGUAAUGACGCUGCAUUUUUCUGCAGGACAUGAAACGGCAGUGUGAUGAAAAAAGGUACAUUUUUGUUAUACAUUCCUAUUUUUCUUUGGUUGCAGUAAGUCCUUUCUGAGUUCUUUUUGUGAUCUUCAUCCUUCAGAAAUGUAUAUGAACCGUUCAACUAUGUUUCCUUCUCUUUUAUUUUUUAUUUUUGGUUUGCACUUUCCCAUUUUGUAAUAAGAAAUGCAUUUCUUUUUUGCGUCUUAAAUCAUUUUGUAAUCCUGCACUUUGUAUCUUCUAAACAAAGGGUGGAUGCAAAUGGUUUCCUUAUCCAUACAACAAAGCAGGGAAAAUACCAACGAAAGUGCCUAACCCCUAUUAUUCUUCACUCGAUUCAGAGCAAAAAUGGCUGAAGCUAUCAAGUGCUUCUUUAUGACUUCCAUAUCAGAAUAAUAAGUUUUCCUAAUAUUACAAUCUUAAACUUGUCCUAAUGUAAAUAUCCUUUUGAAGGUACUUUGUAAAAAGUCCUGGCUGCAUCAAAUCAUCAUGCGAGUUGGAAUACCAUGAAAAGAUCUUGGAAGACACACUGCAAGUUGUCUGUAUGCACAAGGCUAACAACCUCUGCAAUAAUUGAAAGAGUUCCAAGCAAAUGGCCACAUCUUGUAUGGCAUCCUCCAUGGAAGAACUGUAGGGUAAGAAGCUUGUACUUUAUGAUAGGGUGGAUGGUAAAAGAAUUGUUUGGGUAUUUUCUAAGUGUGAUAGCCAUAGCUAGUUGAAUGAUAAGUUUUGUUGAUCUUUUCUUUUUCUUCUUCUUUUUUAAAUGUCUUGGAGCUAAUAUAAGUAACAUAGAAUUUUCUUUAUUCACUUUGAUGAUUGGCAUAUACUUGUUAGCUUAAAAUUAGUUAUCAAAUUUUUUGCAUCUACAUCUUUUGCAUCCACCCAGCUGAUUACUGUCCAGCUUCAUUGUCAAUUAGUUAAAGUAAUGUUAGGUUUAGGCAUGCAUUACA